AUGUAUGCCAAUCCCACUUUUCCACGUCCACAGACAUCUCUAGUUCCAGGACAAAACUUCGAAGCUGCCACAACGAGCUCAACGGCCCCCUCCACUGGAGCUUCGACCAAACAGGGAUACUCGAGAGUUGUCGCCAAACGAGUUACGAAUAAUGAGAAAGCAACAUUACUUUACAAAAGCGAAGGCCGUUGGAAGGGAAUGGGGACGGUGGAGAUGCGCGAGACCGAAGGAAAAAAGGUGUAUCUCUCUUUGGAGAAACAGAUAUACGUUGAAGUCAAAGAUUGUAAAAAUGAGUCUGUCACGUCGAUCAGUGUCUAUGCCGCAGUGGGUGACAUACUGUGGAGGAUGGCACGCGAUGCGGAAUUGCUAAAUAUGCGUGAUAUGCAGAGUGCCACGAAGGAGAAACUUAUUGAGUACAUGAUAUCCCUUCAAACCAGUCUCGAGUCGAGAAUGUCGAAACCGAAACGGAAGCGCAGGAGUCUGCGUUGUGUCCGUCCCUCGGAAGUCCAGCCUAGUACACCCUCGGAGUGGUACCGAGCUAGGGAGCGAAGAUCUGCAGCGCAGUAUCAAAGCAUUACGCGUCAACCAGAGGACUACCUGCAGCAACUCCAGGCGAGUUGCCAAAAACUUGGCUCAGCGGAGGAGGCGUUGAGCAGAGUCAAACACGAACAUAGUGAGCAAGAAAGCAAAAUCACCGAGCUCCAGAGGCAUCUCAUGGCAGCAGAACAAACCGUCACUAGUCAGACUAGCGAGCUCGCAACCCUGAGGCGACGUCUCCACGAGAGAGACCAAGCGGCUGAGCAGAAACUUCGCAGUUACAGGCAUCGACUAUCAGCGACUAAUCAGACUCUGGUACAAGCCCAGCGUGCCGCAGAAUCAACUACGGAAGAGCUGUUGUGUACCAAAGCCACAAAAGAACAAGUGGAGAAGGAAUUCAAGGAAGCCUGUCAACAAAUGAGCAAGCUACCACUUACAGCUCAACAGAAGAAGAGCUGGCGGAGGCUCGACGAACCAUUGCCGAGCAAAAAGGCGAAGUCUCAUCGCUCCAGAAACAACUCAGUGAAAGCCAAGCACAUGCUAGGGAGCUCCUUUCUACAUCUCGGGCAGAAUUAAAGCAGGUGAAGUUGACAUUGGA